AUGUUAGACAAAACUCACAAAAAAGUAAAAGAAAUUGAAGAGUCAAUGAAAGAAGUAGUCAAUGUUUACACAGAAGAUAUUAAAACAUUAAAUGAGGAAAUCAAAGAAUUGGAAAUUAAAAAAAUGAAUUUGGAAGAAGUACAAAAGAAAAUAGAUGUUUCUAUGACAAUGGAUCCUAUUGAAUUGAUGGUAGGCCAAACGAAAUUUUGUACAAAUAUGGCAACAAUGUUAAAAAAAGAAGAUUCUUUUUUUUAUACGAUGGUAACAAAACAACAGAGAUCUUGUGAUGCAGAUGGAAAUCUAAAACCAUUCUAUAUUGCAAAAGAUGGCCAAGUUUUCAUCUACAUCUUAAAUUUACUCCAGGGAGAAAAAGAAAAUGUUCCACCAUCACUCAAGAGUCAAUUUAACGAUCAUAUUAACUUUUACACUGUUUCCAAAUCUGACAUUCUUAACUAUAGCCAAUUCAAAACUAUCCGACAAUGGAUAGGUGAUGCAGAACUAUCUGAAUUAUAUAAAGGAUCUAGAGAUGGAUUUGGAGCCAAAAAAUUUCAUACAGCAUGUGAUGGCAAAGGACCGACAGUUACUAUUAUUAAAACAACUGCUGGCGAUAUCUUUGGUGGAUAUAGCAAUGAUUCUUGGAGAAGUGACAGUACUUACUUUGGUGAUAAUAGCUGCUUCUUAUUCUCAAUUAGGAAUGGUCAACCAAUUAAAUUUGAAGCUGUUGGCUCAACUAACAAUGUUUAUGGUAUUGCUGGGUCUGGACCAAUUUUUGGAGAAGGUAAUGAUAUUCACAUAAGUGAUCAAUGUAAUUCCAACCAUUCAAGUUACCAGAGACCAAAAUCUUACAAAGAUCCGACUGGUCAAGGGCUGGCAAGUUCUGAAUAUUUCACAAUAUCAGAAAUAGAAAUAUUUUCCUUAUCCUCUUAA